GGAGCAGGCAUUUUUCUUUCGUGUAAAGAACGAGAAAUUCGCGGCAGUCAUUUGAUCGUGCAGCUGGCGCGUGUGUACUUCUAAUGGACUUCGAUGCAGGAUUGAAGACAGCCAUUGGAUGGAAUCGUUGGAAUAUGGAACUAAUUGGCAUCUGGCCGGAACCGGGAAGAACUGACGAACGAUUGUCACAUUUCAAGGCUCUAAUUUAUUUGUCCAUAAUAACUAUAUUUGGAACUGGACCGCAGAGUGCGAACCUAUUUUUCAUAUGGGGGAAUCUUGAGUUGGUGACAGAAAACCUGUCAACAGCUAAUAUUCCUGGUAUAAACGCUAUGAUAAAGCUGAUCUUUGCUUGGUACUACAAAGACUGUACGUAUAAAGAGGACAAGCGAUCUGCUAAACAAUUACAAUGUUGCACGCUUAAAUUCUAUUCUUUCAAACCUAUCAUGAAGUCUUUCUACGAUGACUGGCGCAGUGCGAAGACGGAAGAAGAAAAGACAGCGAUGCUGAAGAUGGCUAAACCUGCGAACUUUAUUUCCGUCUGGUGUUCAAUAUUAACUCUCACAAUGGUCACUGCAUAUUUAAGCCUUCGAUCUAUUAACGUCUAUCUUUCUGAUAGAUUACACGAAAACCAGGAUCAUUUGAGCUUGUAUCCUGGAUAUUUUCCCUAUAACAUUCGACCAGUACCGAUAUUGUUAAUGACCAAUUUUGCUCAAGUAAUUGCGGGAUAUUCAGCUACUAUUUGCUAUACCACUGUCGACACUUUUAUCGCUAUGUUAGUCCUGCAUAUAUGUGGACAAUUUGAAAUUUUAAGGAAGAAAUUAACAAGAUUGAUGGACGGCGAGGAAGGAAAUAGAAGCAUAGAUGAGUUUCAAAAGGAGUUGGUUUGGAUUAUUACCAAGCACGAGCAUCUGAACUGGCUUGCACAGACGAUCGAAAAAUGCUUUAGUCCGCUAUUGUUGCUACAGAUGUUACUGUGUACCAUCGAAAUAUGCUUUCAAGGUUUCUUGUUCUUUAACAAAAGUUACUUUGGAUGGUUUCAGAGUAGAGAAAUGAGCAAUAGCGCGUACGAAUCGAAUUGGUACAACGUCUCACCUUCUCAAACCAAAUGUCUUCUAUUCAUCAUGAACCGGUCCACUCGUCCACUUUGUUUGACUGCAGGCAAAUUUGGUAUCUUCUCUAUGGAACUGUUCAGUACCGUAUGUACAAAUAUCGACUCAUAA